AUGCUUUGCAAAGAUUCAGCGAUACCUGGAGUAAAAAUUGGAACCGCAUUCACCAUGGCAAACUUUGCAGUUUGGGGCCUGGCGAUCGCUUCCUGUCUCUUCCUAGCUCCAAGUGUUAUAUUUUUUAACGUUGGAUUUCGAUGCUCAAGAUUAUUCAACACAAAGAAAGAUAUCCUGGACAGAUCUUACUGCGGCAAAGUCGACGAGGAACUUUCCCGUAUUCUAAUGGGAAGUGGAUUUGUUUUCCUUUUGUUUGCUAUUUGUACUGCGUGCCUAACACUUCAUGUGUGUGCCGAUUCAUGGCGUACAAAAAGAGAGGAAAUCAGAUCAAUGAAAACUGCAGCAACAUUUGCUGUCUGACCCAACUUUAGGAAGAUCUGUGACGAACGAUUUUUUUUUGAUAAUCGAGAGGUUAUUCCUUAUCAAACUCAAUUAUCAAAUCAAAUAUCAUAUCAAGAUCAUGCUUCAAUACGGGAAGUUGAUUGACGCAUGCAUUCUUUAUAGUCUAGUUUGCACUAAGCGAUUAUCAAAACAUGAACAAUAUUAAGAGAGUAUCUUUGUCCAUAAGUGGACUUUUGAAUGCCGCAGGGAGUUGAAGACUUAGUGGCCUGCUGUAAUGACAAACUUGGGAUUUUGGCGCAAAUAUUCGGAUUGAAAGUAUAUAUACACUGAAGACACCGUUCGUACUUUCACUUGCUGAGAUUUUUGUAUUACUUUCCAGAAAGUCUUGUUUUCUAGUAGGAUACAAUGUUGCUCAAAUUUUGUUCGUGGUAUCUUUAGUUUGACAGCUUUGUUUGGAGAAUUAUAAAACGAGCUGAAUUUAACUCCAAGCAACUAAGACUCAGUGAACCGGACCGUCAAGAUUCGCAACGAGGCUUUCAUGCAUGUGUCCAUCAAGAGGGACUUUUA